AUGGUUCUUAGAUAUAUUGGUAUUACAAAAGAUUACUGGGUCUGGGUAUUUCCAUUGACUGGACUUACUUUAGGAUGGUUUCUUGAGAAGAAAGAGAAGGAGAGAAUGACAUCUUAUAGAGAUAGGUCUUCACUUUAUGGACGAAACACUUCAGCUCCUGGAUAUAAGCCAUCAUGGCCGUAA